UAGACGUGACAAGUGGAUGUCCCGAAACGAGCUUGACCAUCUCCGUCAAAUAUAUAGUCAAUAUUUGUAGCAGACGAAAACCAUAACCUCUUUACUAUAGAAUAGUCUAUUGUUAUUGGAACUACGAAUGAAUUAGACUAAACGUUAUCUGUCAUUAUACGCAUAAUGGCGAAUGACAGGGAAGUAUUGAGAGAAAUUUGGGAUGGUAAAAUUCCCGUUUGUUUCACUCUUGAUCCCGAGGAAAUAUGCGAAUUGCAAGGUCCUGAUCCUUAUUAUCUUAUGGUACCUAGGUUAAGUUAUUUUCCGCUCUGCACAGAUAAGGUACGAAAACAUUUUAUACGACACGUACAAAGUGACAGCAAACAAGAACAUGAAAUGUGGUUAGAGUUUAAUGGAAUCCCUUUAAAAUGGCACUAUCCUAUUGGUGUACUUUUGGAUAUCUAUUUUAACGACGUACAAUUGCCUUGGAAUAUCGUUGUUCAUUUCGAUAAGUUCCCAGAGAACGUACUGAUGCAUUGUCAAAAUAAAGAAAUUGUUGAAGCAUAUUUUCUUUCUUGUAUAAAAGAAGCGGAUGUAUUAAAACACAGAGGUCAAGUAGUCUCUAGUAUGCAAAAGAAAGAUCACAAUCAGCUGUGGUCUGGCUUACUCAACGACAAAUUCGAUCAGUUCUGGUCCGUGAAUAGAAAACUUAUGGAAGCUACCAAUAGCGAAGAAGGUUUCAAAUAUAUACCGUUUCGUUGUUACACUAGCGAAGACAAAUACGUACAAAAGCUUAUGAAACCUAUCAAUGAAGAAGGCCAAAGGAAAACAUUGAGGCAUUUACUAAAUGAAGUAUUUCCAGACAAUGAAAAUGCUAAUGUGAUUACCCAUGGUAUUAUGCCACCUCUGGAAACUCCGCUCCAGUGGAUGUCAGAACACUUAAGCUAUCCCGAUAAUUUUCUGCACUUAAUAUUAACAUCAUAACCCAUGUUGAAACAGCAAGUUCACUAACUACCAGUGAUUUCGUGAGUUCAUUGCUGUUUUCCUUGCCAAUUUUUUCUGGCGCUCAAAUCGGAUCCAUGGCGGAUGGAUCUUUUUAUGCUCUACGUCUUUUAUUACAUAUUUAUUUUAUACAAAGUCAUGAAUAUCGCUGUAAUUGUUCUUGUGAAAGCAAUGGUUAUAAUGCCCAGCUAUUAUUGUUGCUUGUAUUUUCGUAACGUUCGAAUGUAUUACGAAUUUUAUCGUGAACGCAAAUGCCGGACCUGUACCUAGGUCGGCUCAAUGUCGGACCACACUUAAUCUAGACCGAUCAAAUUGUAAUUAACAAAAUGUAUUCGGUAAAAAACAUAUUGUAUAAAUAUAGUAUAUAAAUAUUUAAAUAAUUGUUCGUGUAUAUAAUCGUACUAAUCAAAAUUGUAAUCAGUGUCGCCAAAUUAUUGAUCUACGAGUAUUGCAGUAAGAAACAAAAGUACAGCAAAAUAACAGGUCCUAUAAAUAUCAAUACUAAAUCGACUAAUCAACCUUAGAACUUGUAAAGAUAUUUAGGAGAGAAAAGUAUUAAAGAUCCAAUCUUACAAAAUAA